AUGUUAAGGGGCAUAUAUAUCCAGCGGGCCUUCCCACGUGGAGCCAGUACACAGCAACGCCUUCUACAACGUUAUAACACAACGACAACAUAUCAGCGCGGACCGAUGGAAUCCUUGCCAGAGGAGCUGCUUAUGCAGAUCGUAAUGCAUGUCGAGCAACAACAUAGCCUCGCAGGCCUUUGCCGCAUAAACCAUCGCCUGAAUCGUAUUGUCGCCCCAGUCUUGUAUGAGCGAUAUCAAACCAGCUAUGCUGGCAUGCCCAGUCGCUAUCUUACGACACUUAUCCAACGACCCGAUUUAGCCAGCCGUGUCAAGUCGCUGCGCUGGGACUACAGUACGCUCGCAAAGGAUCGGAUCUCCAUGUUCGACUCGAAGGACAUUCAACAAACGUUGCGCGCUUUCGAGUACCCCGUUUCAACCAUUGCAGUUCGAUGCGUAGAAGCUAUCAAGGGCUUCAAAGGCAAUGGCGAGCUCACGGAUGCAUUUUUCACGACUGCACUUUUACACACGCCGGAUAUCGAGGAAAUCGAGAUCAUCGACAAAUGGUACGGCGACGACGUCAGGAGUGCACGAAGAUGGAUCGAACCUGUUCGGAUGAAAGUGCCACACGGCUUCUACAACCUGAGCUUGGAUGAUCGCACCAUGUAG